AUGCGCGUCCUCUCCCUCCAGUCUCUGAGGCUGCUCACCGCACCCCUCGGCCUCGUCUUCCUCCUCCAGGUCCCCCCAGCAAUCGGGUGCGUCAGCGAAUGCAGCGCUUCCACUUCGCAAGACUCGAUCGCCAUCCCGCAGCUGGUAGUCGAGGGGGACGAUGGCAUCAGCCUCGCCACGCGGGCCUACUGGAUGCGCCAGGCGAACCUGGCGCUCCCCAACCCCUGCCCGUUCGCGGCCUUUGGCUCCGUCGUCGUCAACCACACAGCUGCAGGUUUGGGCGAAUUGGUCUGCACUGGCGCGAACAAAAACAGCGUCACGGGCAACCCGACGUUUCAUGGCGAAAUGGUGGCCAUCAACAACUGCUCCGCGAUAUUCGUGGACCCCCAGGGACCGUUCAAGAUGACGCCGGCCGAGGCCCUCGCCGCCUUCGCCGACCUGACGCUCUACACCAACGCCGAGAGCUGCCCGAUGUGCGCAUCGGCGAUCCGCUGGGCCGGCUUCAAGGAGUACGUCUACGGCACGAGCAUCGACGUCCUCAUCGAGAACGGAUGGGGCCAGAUUAACAUCAGCUCCAGCUACAUCUUUGAGGAGUCUACCGGCCUGCCCCGGCAGACGGGGUUGAUUGGUCAGGUGUUGACAAACGAGACGGACGUGUUUUUCGGUUGGCAGUUCGUGCCUGAUGCUCCGUGCCCCCGGGGCUGCUCUCGGGUUCGAGACCAAGGCGUAUGCAGUCCUGCAUGA